GGAAAAAGUAAAUAAAUAGAGGAAACAUUCAAACAUCAGUGAAGUCUGCAACAUGGAGCCAAAGUCGAAUAUAUUGAGCAUUGAAACGGUGACAAGUGACUCAUCAGUAAACAAACAAACAAAAUCAUUUGAAGAAAAGUUUGAGGAACGGCUGCAACAGUUACUACUUGGCGGUGCAGCUCCCUUAAAAAAUAUUCCGGAUGAGGAUUCAAUAGAUAGAUUUGGAGCUCAAGAAAUUCGGAGAAACGGCAAACAAUAUUUUCAGUUCGGAGCCGAUAAUUUUCAAGGAAACACUAUUAUAUCUGGACCGACUUUCGAUCCCAAAAGUGUAAUUUUUUUAGUCAAAAAUAGGAUUCCUAAAGAGCAUUGGAUAAAUGAAAGUGUCGUCCAGUUUCGCAACGAUUGGCCUGAAAUACAGCACAUUGUUUCCGAAUCUCUUGCCGAGCAGAAUUACCAGAUUUAUCAAUAUCUGCGAUAUCUGCAAAGUAAUUAAUAAUUCCGAACCCCCUGGACAACGAAAACCCAACACUUGUUGAGGAACCUGCGACGGAGCACUGGGUCAAUGAGAACCUUGUUGAGUAUAAAAGAUGUGCGAUGACCUACUCAAGAAUCAGAUGGUAAUGGUUCAAUUGAGUUACCUCAUUGAAUGCAACAAAAGAAAACAAUAGAUCUACUCCUACAAUUAUUACAUUUCUAAAUG